CCAGGGCGGCGGAGUCCGACUGGAGUCGAGCUCACAAGGCGGCGGAGCUCCGCGAGAGAAAGAGGGAUGAGGCGUCGUCGGAACCUUCCCGAACAGACGCCUGUUCGCCAUUUAGUCGGCUAAACGGAGGACUCGCCGUGCUUUGGGUGGACUCAAGGUGACUUGAUGACAAGUUUGCAGGAGUUCGGCCCGUCACCGUCACCGUCAUCGUCAUCAGCCUCGUCGCCGCCGCCGCCGGCCGGGAUGGUGCGCCUGCUCGGCUGCCUCCUGCUCGGAUACCUCACUUGGAAUCUGCGGAUCUCGGACGCGCAGGGGGAGUACUGCCACGGCUGGCUGGACGCCAGCGGCAACUACCACGACGGCUUCCAGUGUCCGGAGGACUUCGACACCGCCGACGCCGCCGUGUGCUGCGGCUCGUGCGCGCUCCGCUACUGCUGCGCCGCCGCGGACGCGCGCCUGGAGCAGGACGGCUGCACCAACGACCGGCCGGCCGCCGCCGCUGACGACGACGACGACACCGAGUAUGCGGCACAGCCCGUCUACGUGCCCUUCCUCAUGGUGAGCAGCAUGUUCGUGGCCUUCGUGGUGGUGGGCUCCCUCGUGGCCGUCUAUUGCUGCACCUGCCUGCGGCCCAAGCAGCCCGCCCAGCAGCCCAUUCGCUUCUCGCUGCGCAGCUGCCAGGGAGAGACCAUCCCCAUGAUCCUCACGGCCGCGCCGCCCAGCCUCCGUGCCCCGUCGAGGCAGUCCAGCACGGCCACCACCGGCUCCAGCUCAGCGGGGGGCGGCGGCAGCUCCACGCGGAGGUUCUCCAUCGGGGGGCAACAGCAGCACGGUUGCCUGGUGUCCGCCUCAGUCUCUACCCCGGCGUCCACGCCGACUCAAACCCAUCAGACGUUGCCCCCGUCUCUGCCGCCACCCUACACGUCCCCUCCGGCGUCGGGGGUUCUCCAGCAUGCCCACGCUCAGCUGCCCCUCCAGCAGCCCUCGCAGGGCGCUGCGUUCCUCCUGCCCCAGCAGUACUUCUUUCCCCUGCAGCCCGACGCAUUCGCCUCGGCAAAGGGUUUCGCCGACUUCAGCCAGAGUUGACAAGUGCUGCUGCCAGACUGGACCUGGUUGGAGAGACUUCAACCUACCUGAAUGAGGCACCUACGCACUUUUUUGUAUUGUAUAUUGUACACAAACACCAUGACUGUUUUGUAUGGGCUGUUAUUUUAACAAUAAACAAAUAAUCUUGGCAAUCCAGGAAGAUGAUGGGCUGCUUGAGAAAAGGUGAA